CUGUUGUUGGCUGCACUGUUGUUGGUCAUCGUAUAUUUUGGAGCAUAAGAAAUAUGCUAGGUCAAGGGAAAAAUGAGGAACAUUUCCAGUCUAAACGUCCAGUACACCAACCAGAUCCAGAUGUGCAACAUCAGAACUUCGAAUUCUUGGAAAAGUUCUUCCCAGAGAGGCACUGGAAGAGGUACAUGAUUCCUAAAGAUUUACCUGAGGUAAAUCAGGCUGACACAGGAAAAUAUGCAGAAUUCAAAUUUUUUAAUAUACUCAAACAAAUUGAUGAGCCAAUGGUAGUGGUACAUUCUUUUAAAUGCAGUGUUAGAAAAACAAUCGAAGUUGACUUCUUGGUCUGCCACAAGACAAGAGGAAUAAUGGUGUUUGAAGUAAAAGCUACCAACAAAGCCAACAAGGGCUUCAAGGAAGGUCAACGACAGGCUGAAAAGAAUGCUAAUAUUGUAAAGCAGAUCAUGGAUCACAACCUAAAAUUAAAGAAAAAGGAAGUUCGUUAUACAGUAGUUCUUCCAAGUGUUCAUUGCCGUAAUGCAUCAAGGACAGAAGGAGUUUAUUUUGAGGAUUUAGAUUCAAAAGAUUCUUUCCAAAGAUGGCUUGAUGAAUUUCGGCCAGAAAAUGGCCGUAAAUUUACUGAUGAUGAGUAUGAUCAAUGUUUAUCAUUCUUUGCAUAUCACGUCGACCCAAUGAGAUUUACUCCUUCAAUCAAUUUCAUACAUGACGGAUUAGAGAAGUUGACUCCUGACCAGGUUAAACUGGUUAAAGGACUGGAUGAGGAGUUUUACAUUGCUGGGCCAGCAGGUAGUGGUAAAACAGAAGUGUUGAUUUACAAAGCAUCAGAAAAGGAGCUGUCUGAACAAAAGAAACUAAUUGUUGUAUUUCACAGAGGUUUAGCAGAAUAUCUUAAAUGGAGAAUGAAAAGCGUAGAAAAUUUGACAAUUAAGAGAUUUCGACAGCUUCUACAAGACUGCACAGAAGAUGUUUUACGUAAGGAAGUGACAGUUAAUUUAAGCAAUGCCAAAAUGGUAAUCAAAGCCAUCCAAAUUAUAAGUAGUCAAAGCAAUCCAAGUCGUUAUGACAGCAUUUUUGUAGAUGAAGCACAAGAUCUGGAUGGAAAAAACUGGGAGUUCCUCAUCGAUUGUCUUCACAACCCUGGGCCAAAUCACUAUAAACUAAUAUUCUAUGACAAUAAUCAGAUGGUAUCUUAUUCAAAUCCACCAAAACCACCCAGUUCCCAGGUAUAUCACCUCACAGAGGUGAUAAGGAACACAAGGAAUAUUUUCAAGAGUUCACUACCCUUCUGUCAGUUUGAAAGAAAAUGUGAAGUUCUCCAUAAAUAUGAUGGACCUGAGGUCACUUGGAAUGCUAGUUUCACAGAUAAUGAUUUGGAACAUUACAGUAAUAAUGUCAUUCAGGUUAUUGAUAGCCAUGUGGAUAACAUUUGGGAUAAUAUCGAGGAGGUUGUUCCAAUGGAUAUCUGUGUUUUAGUAGAAAGUGAGGAGAGAGCUUGCUGUCUCAGAAGUAGAAUGAUCCAAGAGAGGUCUAUUGUAGCACCUUUCACUGUGGAGGAGAUGGUGUCCAACCUUGAAUAUGGACAUUGGAGGAACACAUGUAGAAUAACACCUGGAAAGCAGUGUGGUGCUGUUGUAGAUUCAAUCAGCAGGUAUGCUGGGGUAGGAUCUAAGGCAGUAAUCUUGGUACUCAAUUACACCAGAAUCAACGCAAAGCUGGUGGAAAAAGUAUACACAGGAAUUACAAGACCAUCCUGUAAGCUUAUCGUCCUCCUUUCAAAGAAUGGACAUGCACACCUUGAAAAAGCAAUUGGAAGGGAAAUAUCUAUUACCUCAGRGGAUGAGCCAAUGGAGAUCGGAGAAUAAUAAUUAUAGUUUAUUAUAUAGUGCUGAUUCUAAUCUUUUUACUGGUGAAAUGUUAGCACUCUAAUAUAAUUAUUCUUACUUCCUAAAUUGUUAACCUGUUUAAAAUAGGUUUUGGAUUUUAGUGCUGUAAAGUAGUUUUCAGAAGCCUGCUUCAGAGCAAAGUUUAAUUGAAAUACAAUAAUUGAUGUCUCACUAACAACUUGCUUUUAUUUCAAGUAUUUACAUAGUUUGCAUGCACUCUAGAAAGUAGUAUAUUUUACUUUUUAGCUUUGCUUGAAAGCAACAUUAAUUUUAGUCCAAUCCAAAUUGAUAUUACUUGUGUGACAUUGACAACAAUUCACAAAGGGUCGGGAUGUGCAAUGGAUUAUUG